GUGUCAGAGACGUACAAGGGGUUGUUGGCGCAAAAUAUUUCAAGCGUUGUAAUUAGUAGUGAAGAUGUAACUAAGGCACUAACAUGCUGCAAAUCAACUAAGGUUUUUGUUUAUGGAAAGGCGGAAGAAAGACAACUCGUGACCAUGUUUGCCGCUGACACGACACUAGUUGCCUCACUUAUACUGUCGUGUGCCUCACUCGCUCUAUCGACGUUUGCGUCCCGAUGCGGUAUGACCCGAUGCACGCGCGACAAGGGAUGUAUGAAGAACUUUAUUGACUGCCGCUGCGUUCCCCCGGAAGUGGCGAAGGCCUUGGGUGAUCAUCUUGCUUUCAGAAAUAUAUGCACGUAUUCCCUAUAUGUCUUGAAGAUCGGAGAGCCGCGAUGUUGCUAUCGAUACAAAGGAAAAGAAAAGCCGUUCAAUACAGGCGUUGAAGGGUUACCUCCAGAUGUGAUACUGUCACCGGGCAACCCAUCUUAUGACGUCAACCCUCCGUAUAACGUAAUAGUCUCGGCGAGGGAGAUGGGCGCCCCCAAGUUGCAGCGCGUACUGAGCUCCGUGGGCAUUCCAGAUGUUGCACUCGAUACAGAAAUCGAAAAUGCCUGGCCAGAGGAGCGCAGACCAUGGGAAACUGGGGUUCGGAUAAAUAGACAAACACAUGAAUUAAAUGACGCUUCGGAAUCAGUAUCUUUGGUAAAGAAACAAUCUUACAUGAUUCAAAGACGAGAAAUAAUGUUUCGAAGUGACUCUCGUGGUGUAGAUGAUGUGGUCAAAAUGUUAGCCUAUCUAAUCACCCUUAAAAACAAUAAAUACGAUCGGAAAUAUAUGUUGCCCUCGGACUAUGUGGAACGUAAGAUGGCAACAAGUGGUGUUUUAAAUACCACGACUGUCUAUGAUAUGUUGUACAAUCUAUUGAAAAGAUGAGGAUGAAUUUAACAGUGAUAACUAAUGUGAUUGAUUGACAAGUACAAAUAAAGCGUAUCUUGCCCUUAACUUACUUAUGCCUAGCGUCUAGAAAAAAGGCCUUGACAAACAUCGAAGACCCAGAUGAGACGCCGCAUGAUGCGGCAUCUCAUCAGGGUCUGCGCUGUUUGCUUAAUGGAAUUUCUGUAAGAUAUAUUCUAAAUAUAGAAAUAAUUAUACUAGACAUCCCUAAUUUUGGAAAUAAAUUGAUGCAAUUUAGCAGGAUGGGAGAGUCCACUAGGCAUAAAUGGGUUAAAGUUUCCCGCAUCAGCAUCUGUUUGUUGAAAUGCACGUGAUAAA